AUGAAGGCUAUUGGAUCUUGCAUGAUUUGGCUUUGGCUUGCAACCCAACCUUUUCCCGUCUCUCAUUCUGUGGCAGUCACUGACAGAACAGGUUUUGAUUUAGCAGAAAGCUUUUCUUUGAGGCAGACUUCAUGUGGACUUGGAAAGCACUGCUAUAAGUUGGGGAAUGCACCUCUUAUCAGAGACUCUCAGCAAGUGUUUCCAAAUGGGCUCCCAGAGGACUACUCCUUAACAGCCACAUUCCGUGUCAGAAGAAACAGCAAAAAAGAACGGUGGUAUUUAUUGCAAAUAUUAGAUCAGCACAAUUUGCCACAGGUUUACAUUGCAGUUGAUGGUUCAAAAAAAGUAGUAGAGUAUGUUGCACAAUCCACCCAAGGGAACUUCUUGCACUACACCUUUAAAAGCCGUGGAAUCCAUCCUGUCUUUGAUCGGCAAUGGCAUAAACUUGGCAUCAGCGUACAAUCAAAUAUAAUUUCUCUGUAUGUGGACUGCAGCUUAAUUGAGCAAAGGCAGACUGAUGAAAAAGCUACUACUGACUUUCAAGGAAAGAUUCUUAUUGCUACCCAUUACUUAGAUGGCAAGCCUAUAGAUAUUGAACUUGGCCACAUGAUGUUAUAUUACAAUCCCAGAAUUGUGACGCAAGAGAAAUGCUGUGAAUUAUCUGAGAAUAUGUGCCCUUUUGAAGAAAGCUUGAAAACUACUGCAGCAUCACCAUCAGCUGUUCAUGUUGGUGAAAUACAUGCACUUCCAAUAAUGGACAAGAAACCAGAAGAAAAAUGCUUCUGCACUGCAAGCAAGGGAGAAACAGGAUCCCCGGGGGUCGCUGGUUUGCCAGGACAGAAAGGAGAAAAGGGUGAAGAAGGAGCUAAAGGAGAAGAUGGCAUCCCUGGUUAUCCAGGAGAGAAGGGAGAAAAUGGCCAGAUUGGAACUCCUGGUAUUCCUGGUGCUUUUGGUGAAAAGGGUGAACCUGGUUUGCUGGGUGACAAAGGUGAAAUGGGAGAAAAGGGUGAACAGGGAGAGAAAGGAGAGAAAGGAACAGAUGGCAUACCUGGAAGAGAUGGUUUAAAAGGAGAUGCCGGUGAUCAUGGAGUGCCUGGUGCAAAGGGAGAAAAGGGUGAUACGGGACCUCCAGGACCAGCUGCCCUUAGCGGGGUGCCUGGAAUGGAAGGUCCUCAAGGCCCACCUGGGAAAGAAGGCCAGCGGGGCCGACGAGGCAAGCCAGGACUCCCCGGAAAAGCAGGCCCACCAGGCCCACCAGGUCCUCCAGGGGUGCCAGGAUUUCAAGAUUUCUUUAAAGGGCCAUAUUUCCAGAGUCAUCAAGAAGAAAUGGGCUUAAAAGGUGCAAAAGGUGAAAAGGGAGAGCCUUCUGGGAAAGGAGAAAAGGGGGAUAUGGGUGAACGGGGGGAGCCUGGUCCUCCUGGGCCCACUGGAAAUCUAGGACCUCAGGGCUCCCCAGGUCAACCUGGGCCCAGAGGACAACCAGGAGAAGUUGGCUUACCAGGAGAACAUGGAAUACCUGGAAAACCAGGGAUGAAAGGAGAUAAGGGAGACUCUGGUGGAAUCAUUGGCCCCCCUGGGCGUCCAGGUGCUAAAGGUGACACAGGGCCUCCGGGAUCAAGUCUACCAGGGAAACCGGGUCCAGCAGGCAUACCUGGAGCAACAGGUCCACGGGGGCCUAAGGGUGAAAGAGGGCUUCCUGGGGUACAAGGACCACCUGGAGAGAUGGGUCCAGUAGGAAAUGGAACCCAAGGCUCCCCUGGUCCUAAAGGCCCUCCAGGACCACCAGGGUUCCAGGGCCCAAGGGGACCCCCUGGAUUACCAGGAACUCCAGGAACACCGGGUCUUGAUGGUAUUCCAGGACGAGAUGGAAAGCCAGGACUUCCAGGCCCUCCGGGGGAUCCAGUUGCUCUUCCUCUUCUUGGAGACAUGAGUGCUUCAUUGAAGGGUGAAACUGGUUCCAGAGGUCCUCCAGGAAUUCCAGGUAGAGAAGGGCCUAAGGGGAACAAAGGUGAACGUGGAUUUCCUGGGCUUCCUGGAGAGAAAGGUGAUGAGGGUCUUCAGGGUAUUCCAGGACUUCCUGGUCUAGCGGGGCCUACCGGACCUUCUGGAGCAGUCGGAAGACCAGGACAUCCAGGCCCAGCAGGAGCAAAGGGUGAAAAGGGGAAUGACGGUGCUCCCGGAAAGCCUGGACCUCCUGGGCCAUCUGGUGUGCCAUACAAUGAAAGAAAUGGCAUGAGCAGCCUAUAUAAACUGCAGGGCGGUGCCAACGUUGCCACUUAUGCUGGUCCACCUGGGGCUCCUGGCCCCAAAGGCGACCCUGGAGCAGUGGGUGAACCAGGGCCAAUGGGACUACCAGGACUAGAAGGACUUGCUGGAGAAAAGGGAGAUCGGGGACCAGCAGGUCCUCCAGGAGUACCAGGGAUACCUGGAAAGAACGGUGCUCCAGGGCCACCGGGGAUCCCUGGAGAACCAGGUGAGAGGGGUCCCAUUGGAGACAUUGGUUUUCCUGGGCCGGAAGGACCACCCGGAAUACCAGGCAUAAAUGGGAAGAGUGGAUUGCCUGGUCCUCAGGGUUUAGCAGGUAAAGCUGGUGACAGGGGCCCCAAAGGAGAACGAGGGGACCAAGGUAUACCAGGAGACAGGGGCCCACAAGGCGAAAGAGGAAGGCCUGGCUUACCAGGAGACAAAGGCUCUGAAGGCCCUGUGGGGCCCAUGGGCAGCAGAGGCAACCCAGGAUCGCCAGGUCUUAAAGGCCCUCCCGGAGCACCAGGCGUUCCAGGCUUGUCGGCGGACUCAGUUUCAUUUGAAGAAAUGAAAAAGUAUAUCCGGCAAGAGGUUCUUAGAGUUUUUGAAGAGAGAAUGGCUCAGUUUGUAUCUCAGCUCAAACUGCCAGCUGGCAUGCUAGCUUCCCAAGCUCAUGGCAAACCAGGUCUGCCAGGAAGAGAUGGGUUACCUGGGCCACCCGGAGAACCUGGACCUCCAGUUUGGUCUGCUCUGGAGUCAGAGCAAGUCAGACUGGAAUGAAGAGCGUGAAAGCAAAGCUGAAGAAGUGUGGAACACA